ACGGUGGUGUCGACACGUGAUUAUUGUUUUGUUAAUCACUCGCGUGGUAAUUCGGGAAUCGUAUAAUUAACGUGGUACAUAGUGUCAAUGUUCAAGAACAUAACGUCAUUGAGGUGGCAUCGGUGUGUGGUUUUGAAAACAGAACCUUGGUCUCGCAGAGUUACGUAACACCGUGGAAUUAUAAUGGAAGCGUGAUGGAUGAAUUGUGGCGUGCUCUGAAACGGAACAGUGAUACGAUGAAGCGUUCCAAGAAAGCCGAUAAAAUUACUAAAAUUAAAAACAAAUUGAUAAAAAAGCAUAAAAUAAAUGAGCACCGAUCGGCGGGAGGCAGCUGGGAGGAGCCCGUGAGUGCCGUGAGGAACACUCCUCUUCGCCGCUCACAGAGGCUCAACUCCACCCUGGAUUCCAGGAGCACUGGCCAGUUGCGCAACACGCUCAGUCGCGCCCGUGAGUUAUGCGAGCGCUGGCGCAGCGGCGGAACGACGCCGACGCCGCCCGCCCAGCCGCCCGACGACGAGGGCGGGGGGCGGCUGGCCCGGUGGUUCAGCGUGCGGCGCGGCUCGGCGCAUCACUACGACAUGCACACGCACGAGUCGGACAAGAUGCCAAAACUGCCGGAGUUGGAGGAGGAUUUGUUCUCGUGCGGCGGGGAGGUGCGCGGAGGGCGGGUGCCGCCGCCGUCUCUUGGUCUGCCGCCGGACUGCCUCACGCCGGUCCAGCUACGCCGGCGGCACGUGGUCGCCGCUAUCAUACACAGCGAGAACUCCUAUGUGGCCACGCUGCAGAGGCUCGUCAACGACUACAAAAAGCCGUUAGAAGAGAGCAGUCCAGCGAUACUGAACGCCUGCAAGAUCCAAACAUUAUUCCACCGACUGCCUGACAUACUACAAUGCCACCUGCACUUCCGAACCGCACUGGCCGACUGUGCGCGCACGUGGGACCGCGAUGAAAAAAUUGGCGAGGUCUUUCUCAGCGCGUUUUCAAAGGCCGUCGUACUGGACGUGUACUCGGACUUCAUAAACAACUUCUCGGUGGCGAUGGAACUGGCCAAGAUGGAGUCCAAACGCAAGUCUGCGUUGGCUGACUUCUUCAAAGUGAAGCAGAUCAGUGCACAUGACAGGCUGUCGUUCUUUGGGUUAAUGGUCAAGCCGGUGCAACGGUUUCCACAGUUCAUCAUGUUCUUACAAGACCUCCUCAAACACACGCCUCCAGGACACGCAGACCGCGUGGCUCUGCAGAGGGCGCUGACACGGCUUGAAGCACUCGCGGAGGCCCUCAACGAGAGGAAACGCGACGCGGAAAGGACGCAGGCGUUCCGCGCGGCUCUCCGGCGGUUGACUCGAGGGGGUGUGACGGGGGCGGGCGGUGCGGGAGGGGCGGCGCGGUUCGGCGCCGCGAGGCUACUGGCCUCACGCGCUGACAGGAGGCAUCUGUUGAGGCAGGAUGACUUGGUGCAGUUGGAAUUCAACCAAUCAGGUGGAAUAUCCAAGUGCAAACCUCGUCGGCUUCUCCUUCUCAACGAUCUGGUGGUUUGCGUCUCUGUGGGCGCAGGUGGCGAUGAUGCCGAGAGACUGGGGCUCAAGUGGGCGCACCCUGUACAAGACGUUGACGUUUUGGACACGGGCACCUCGCCUACGCUCAGUAGGGUGCUCGCUCAAGGCAUGAACCGCAGCGGCAGUCUCCGCUCAAACUCAAGCGGCAACGUGCACCAAAGCACAGCCACUGGCGAUUCCCUCUGUAACGAAAUGUCAGCGCUCAUGCACGAUUACGAGACCGUGUCGCGAAUGGCUGACCUCGCUGCCUCUAUGAGGACGCCGUACCCUGAGCUGGCUCCUGAAAUGUUCAGGGCUUUGCUGCAGAACAUACAGAAAAAUAUACAGAAAAAAGACGACGAAAUGGCGUGGGUGGAUUCAUGUUGCCUCCAACUGACGAUACGCGGGCGCGAAGAACCGGUGACGUUCCGAGCGAGCGAACCGGGCGCUCGCCUCGCGUGGGCCACCGAGCUACGAUUAGCUCAGUUAGCUCAGGCGUCCGCAAACUCGCCCGCCUGGCGAUUGCCCGCGCCGCAGCAAGCGCCUGCGCAUAAGAUGCCGUUAUUUGUAGCCGCUACGCCUGUAUACUCGUCCAAACAUUUGACCGAGGUGAGUGCGCUGCGGCUGUUUCUACACGUCAAGCGGCAGCCCGCGAGGCGCGUCAAUGCGGCGCGCGCGCUCCUUACUAUGGGUGUGCGCGGCGGGCGCGGCCGCCAGCCACGUGGCCGUGCUCGCGCACCGCGCCGCCAAGCUCAAGACGCUCGUCACGCUCGACCUGCCCGACACCAAGGUACACAGACACAGCACCCAGCGGCCCCAGCCACGUGGCCGUGCUCGCGCACCGCGCCGCCAAGCUCAAGACGCUCGUCACGCUCGACCUGCCCGACACCAAGGUACACAGACACAGCACCCAGCGGCCCCAGCCACGUGGCCGUGCUCGCGCACCGCGCCGCCAAGCUCAAGACGCUCGUCACGCUCGACCUGCCCGACACCAAGGUACACAGACACAGCACCCAGCGGCCCCAGCCACGUGGCCGUGCUCGCGCACCGCGCCGCCAAGCUCAAGACGCUCGUCACGCUCGACCUGCCCGACACCAAGGUACAUACACACAGCACCCAGCGGCCCCAGCCACGUGGCCGUGCUCGCGCACCGCGCCGCCAAGCUCAAGACGCUCGUCACGCUCGACCUGCCCGACACCAAGGUACAUAGACACAGCACCCAGCGGCCCCAGCCACGUGGCCGUGCUCGCGCACCGCGCCGCCAAGCUCAAGACGCUCGUCACGCUCGACCUGCCCGACACCAAGGUACAUACACACAGCACCCAGCGGCCCCAGCCACGUGGCCGUGCUCGCGCACCGCGCCGCCAAGCUCAAGACGCUCGUCACGCUCGACCUGCCCGACACCAAGGUACACAGACACAGCACCCAGCGGCCCCAGCCACGUGGCCGUGCUCGCGCACCGCGCCGCCAAGCUCAAGACGCUCGUCACGCUCGACCUGCCCGACACCAAGGUACAUACACACAGCACCCAGCGGCCCCAGCCACGUGGCCGUGCUCGCGCACCGCGCCGCCAAGCUCAAGACGCUCGUCACGCUCGACCUGCCCGACACCAAGGUACAUACACACAGCACCCAGCGGCCCCAGCCACGUGGCCGUGCUCGCGCACCGCGCCGCCAAGCUCAAGACGCUCGUCACGCUCGACCUGCCCGACACCAAGGUACAUACACACAGCACCCAGCGGCCCCAGCCACGUGGCCGUGCUCGCGCACCGCGCCGCCAAGCUCAAGACGCUCGUCACGCUCGACCUGCCCGACACCAAGGUACACAGACACAGCACCCAGCGGCCCCAGCCACGUGGCCGUGCUCGCGCACCGCGCCGCCAAGCUCAAGACGCUCGUCACGCUCGACCUGCCCGACACCAAGGUUACCUCCAUGGAAUAUGCAAAAGGACUCCGACAAGUGACCACGCUGUGCGGCGACACAGUGUGGCUCGGCACUGAGGACAAGAAGAUCAUCAUAUUCUCCGGCGUCGAACCGGAGAAGCAGGAGAAAUUAACUGAAGUCCAGACCAUCGCGGCCGUCACGCAGAUACGAUACCACUGCGAUUCCAUGUUCGUGGGACUCGCCAACGGACGAGUGUCGGUCUUCAGAAGGAACCACGACGACUCCUGGGCGCUACACGAACCACUCGCAAUAGAACUUGGCGAUAAACCAGUCCACUGCGUGCUACCGGUCGACGGAAUCGUCUACGCGACGUGCGCGCGACGCGUGUUCGCUAUCAACGCGCUCACAGCCGAAAUCAUGCGCAUAUUAGAACUCAAGGGUGACGACGACAGAUCAGUGAAAUAUCUCGCGCAUUCCGGCGUCGGAUUAUGGACCGCGUUCUCAGAUUCCACGUACGUCAGUCUAUACCACGCUGAGACGUUCGAGCAUCUGCAAAACAUUGACAUCGCUGCAGACGUAGCGAAGACCAUCGGUGCUAGGGAGGGAAGUAAACCCGCUCAUGUUUCCGCGUUGCUAGCGGGACAAGGGUUACUGUGGGUGGGGACAACCGCUGGCGUCACUGUGACCGUCCCCCUUCCUAAGCUAGAAGGACUGCCUCUCGUAGGAGGACACAUGGGAGUUUCCUAUCACGCUCACGCGGGACCGGUGACUUUUUUACUGUCAUUGGUGCCGGAAACUAGGGAAGUCGACGUGAACACGGUGCGACGGAAUCUGUCAAAUGCGCGCGCUCUAGCCAACUCAGCGACGUUACACGAAUUCAAAGAGGAGGAAGCAAAAGAGAAUGACAUCGAUAAACCUAAGCUAGAAAGGCGGAUAUCGGAGGAGACGAGCCCGUACCGGCCGCAGCGAGUUCAAUCCGCGGUCGUUCGCAGGAAGAAACCGGGAGACGUGCGGCUCAGCAAAACGCUGCCGAAGUGCGCCAACUUGAACGCGUGUGACGUAUACGGCUUAUUCGGGGACUUAAUGUUCGUGAAGGACUGCGUCGGGGAAGCCGACGUGAGUGGCUCCGGUGGCGAAGCCCUAAGACGGAGUGACCCCGAACUCGCCGCCAUUCCGUUCAGAGUUAGCACACUCGACCGCCGGCUACGAAUGCGGGCAGGCCGACCGAGGAGUCUCGAUCUAUCCAGCUGGUCAGUCGAUUCCCGCGCGUCGAGUCUCUGCACCUCAUCAGGCAGCGAGGAAUCGAUGGCCCUCCGCGGUGUUUCUCGAACAAGUUCGGGCGCUUCUGGGGCAGCGAGUCUGGCACCGGUUGCCGUUUCAACCCCAGACUCAACAUCGAGUAAAUCCACCGCAUCAGACCGUUCGAUAUCUAGGAGCGAUUCUGCGAACGCUCAAGAAACCAAAACGACCGGGAAGAGUGCAGCUAGGAGUUUAAGGGGCUCGGACUAUGUGUUAGGAGAGAGUGCGGCCCGAAGGUCCGUAGUGACGAUAGUAGGAGGGCGAGGGUACGUGGAUUGGAGGCAGACGGCUGACGCAGCCGAAAGGCCAGCGCCCGCCGCUGACCCCAACCCCAAAGACGCUCACCUCAUCCUCUGGGAAAUGCGCUUGUGACCUGCCCCAGUGACAAAACGGUACAUGACACCUCCAAUACCACAUGAAAUAUCUCAGAUUCAGUACGAUUUUUUCAAGGAAGAAUAGAAAUCGUCGAAACUACUUUUUGGCGGUUUCUAUUUCUAUUGGUCGUUGAAACAACACUUUAAAUCUACUACCGUAGAAAGUUGGUAACCGUAAUCCUCUAUAGUCCGACAAUUUGUGUAAAAUAUGUGUACAAUGCUUCGUUAAUAAUAAUUGAAUAUCGUAUAGAGAUUCUAUACCUUCAUUCGAAUUCAAAUUACAGGUAGGUAUUUAUAUCUGUUUAAAAUUUUCACUACAAGGGGUAAGCAGUGCUGUAUCACCCUGCAUUUGGAAUUUUUCGGAUUACCGCGAUUCUACUGGAUUUUUUGAACUGGUGUCAUAUACCCAAUGGUUAGGGAUUUUUGUACGCGCGUAAUUAUUUACGUGAGAGUAUCGGACGGGUCCGUUUUCAGGAUCCGAUUUUGUGUCAUAUUACGUAAUGUAAAUACCAGUGCGUGCUGUAUAUUCCACUUGAAUGGGCUAUUAUAGUGUAAUUAGUUUUAAACUCGUGCUAAAUAUUGUAAGUUGUUAAUUCCUAACACGCCUUAUUAUAUUGCGGUUUCGCACGUAAAGAGUAAGAUUUAUUUAAUUCGAAUAGAUUUACACUGAGUGUAAGGUUACGUGAUGAGCUUUAAAUUAUUUUUCGACGUUGCGGGCUUGCUUGUUGUUGGCCCUAUGUUUACAUUGGUUUUUGUAUAAUAUUGUGUAAGCGCUGGUGCAUUAUUUUUGUGAUCUUAUAUUGAACUGUUAUCGAUUAUAGUAAUAAAUAAAACCUAUAGACUCACAAAGCCGUGUUCAAUUUAAAUUUUUGUCUCUGUAUGAAUGUAAUAGAAUGAAUCGCCGGUUGUCAUGCAGUGAACCAUUAAAUUAUUAUAAGAACUAACCAAAUAGUGAGUAUUUCUUUAUUUUAUAUUCUGAUUUAAAUUAUGUGGUAUGAUCUUACAUCCCGCCAUAUUAUCAUAACGUCUAGAUGUUUAUUUGUAAAAAUGUAAUUAAACUCUAUUUACUGUUUAAUUUACUUUAUCGUACGUAAUUAAUUUAAAUUAAUACUUUAAAUUUUAUACGAAACCUAGUGGCCUUAUUUUUACAUUGAAAUUUCCAGUGUGUGUGAUUAUAAUCGUUUAAGCUUUAUUGUUAGACAUAAUUAUAAUGUCGCUUUAAGAAUUAGACUGAUUUAGCUUAAGCGUUAAAACGUACUAUUAGUUGAAUUUUUAGUGAUUAAGACGAAUCUACGACACGAACGAAUUUCACAAAAAUAAAACGGGUAUUUAUACCGGUGCAUAGUAAAUUGCGACUAAUGCAACGAGACAUGGGAUGCCUAAAACAUAUUUUCUUUUUCGAAAUCUCUAAUUUAAUGGAUCUCCUCGACCUCAUGUCUCAAGCUUAUUAAUAUGACAAAAAUACUACCACUACUAUAACGUUUUUUACUGUUUGUUAAAUAUUCAUAGUUGAAAAGGUUGUCUGUUUCCGUCACAAAGUUGUUAACGUUUGCAAAAGUUCACGGUUCAAUUAUUCACAGUCCAUACUUGAGUUUAGUACUGUUAAGUCGUUAGAUUGUUAUUUUCGGUCAGUAAAACAUGAAAAUAAACGUUUACGUACAAAUCCAAAGAGGCAAUUUUUUUUUUCAGUGUAGCUAAUGCUAAAUUAGUGUUUCGGGUUAUUUUUUCGUUUCACAGCUUUCAAUGUGCCAAAUUGUAAAAUAUCAGAUGUAUUUGUUUAUAUUGUACAGAGAUUUAAUUACGAUUGUGUUUAUUUUGUUUAUAUUACUUCCGUACAGGUUUUUCAUUAUUUUUCUGUUUGUUUGAACCAUGAAAUUACAAUAUGUUAACUUUCUCGAAUAUCCUGAAUUUUGUACUGAAAUCAAAAUGUCUUUAUUUAUACUACAGAAUGUCACAACUUAUAUGUACUAAGGUGUAAAUAAAUUCUAAGUUUAUAUGUAUACACCUGUA